GGACAGUGAGAAGUUUAGAGAAUAUAGACAAACAGAGGCGUCUAUCGAAGUAGACAAUAUGCAGGAAUACUUUUUGGACGUUUAGAUCCAGCGACGUUCAAGCUUUUGAAAAUUCCUGUGCAGUAAAAACAGGAGAAUGCUUCUGGGUCCCGGUGGUCCCGGCCAGCAGACAAGACUGACACUUUCAAGGCGGCGGUGUUGAUUUGUUGGCCGCCAUUUGCGGGUUGUUUACAACUUAAUUUUUUUUCAAAAUGGUUAAAAAUCCAAUCAAAGUAUACGGGCGCAUAAAACCAGUGCUAAACAAAAAUCAGGCAGAGGAAUAUGAAAUUAAUGAAACAGCAGAAGAUUUCGAAACGCUCACUUUCAAUCUCAAGCCACAUGGCAUUUCCAGUACAAAACCAGAAACUGUUGUAUAUAGAUUUCAAAAAGUAUUUCAUACAUCGAGCCAGGAAGAAGUUUUCAACAUAGUCGCUAAACCAGUGGUGGACAGCGUGCUUGAAGGCUACAAUGGUACCAUCUUUGCGUACGGACAAACAGGUAGCGGCAAAACGUACAGCAUGACGGGCGGCCUCUCCUGCUACGAAGAUCGAGGCAUCAUUCCCCGAACGAUCCAACACAUCUUUCGGCAUUUCCUGGACGUGGGCGUGACGCACAGCACCUACAUCUCCUACCUGGAGAUCUACAACGAGACUGGCUACGACCUCCUCAACACCAAGGUGUCCAAGCUGGACGAGCUGCCGAGGGUGCUGCUGAUGGAGGACAACAGCGGCACCAUGAACCUGCGCAACCUGAGCAUGCACGCGGUGUCCAGCGAGGAGGAGGCCCUCAACUUCCUGUUCCUGGGCGACACCAAUAGGAUGAUCUCGGAGACGCCGAUGAACCCCUGCUCGUCGCGCUCGCACUGCGUGUUCACGGUGCACGUGGUGACGCGCAGCGCCAGCAGCUCCACCAUCCGCCGCUCCAAGCUGCACCUCAUCGACCUGGCGGGGUCGGAGCGCGUGCACAAGACGGGCAUCGACGGCAACCUGCUGACGGAGGCGCGCUACAUCAACCUGUCGCUGCACUACCUGGAGCAGGUGAUCGUGGCGCUGGCGGAUAGCCGGCGCACCCACGUGCCGUACCGCAACUCGAUGAUGACCACCGUGCUGCGCGACUCGCUGGGCGGCAACUGCAUGACGGCCAUGCUCGCCACGCUGUCCUCGCACAAGAACAACAUCGACGAAACCCUGUCCACGUGCCGGUUCGCGCAGCGCGUGGCCCUGGUGCGCAACGAGGCGCUGCUCAACGAGGAGAAGGACCCGCAGCAAGAGAUCUCCCUGCUGCGCGCCGACGUCCGCCGCCUCAAGCAACAGAUAGCCCUGCUCACCGCGUCCGCCGGCGCACAGCCCGACGACGAGCUGACGGAGGCCGAGGUGGCGGAGUGCCGCGCCUGGGUGCAGGAGUACCUGCGGCGCGACGCCGGGGUGGCCGAGGUGGCCGGUGCCGCCGCGGCGCUCGAGGACGGCGUCGUGGCGCAGCAGGCGGUGCCGUCCGACCCGCGUAAGGUGCGCCUCUGCUUCGCCAUGCUCCGCGACGCCCUCUGCGGGCGCGACGGUGAGGCCCCGGCCACGCCCACGGAGCCCAAGAAGCAGGAGCUGCCGUCCAAAGUGGCGACGCAGGUGGAGCACUUCCGGGAGAUCAUCCGGCAGCGCGACAGCGAGAUCUCCAUUUUGAUCAACUUGCUGAGAAAAGAGAAGCAGCGUGCGCACGCCACCCCAGGCAGCCCCACCCCCAGCCCCGCGGACCAGCAAGACGCCGAGGCCGACGACAACUUCACGCUGGCCGAGCGUGAGGCGUUCAAGAUCUUCGCUGCGGACCGGAAGAACAGGAUCGAGGUGGAGAUGACCAAGACGGCGCUCAGGGCCAAGUUCGAGGAGGCGCGAGUGUCCGCCGAGAGGAUCAAGUUGACGAGGAAGCGGAUGGUUAGCCUGCACAACGAGAUGAAGCUGUUGAGCGACUCGGAGCCGGCGCAGCGGGCCAAGAAGGCGGCCCUGCAGGAGGAGCUGGCCGGCGAACAGGCCAGCUACAGGAAAACUCUGAUGGACCUGCAGCUUCUGAAGGUGGAGACGGGUCACCAGAAGCACGCCGUGGAACAGGCCAAGCUGCGACUGCUGCGGAAGUUCCAGGACUGGUGGGCCGCGCAGAUGUCCUGCUGCAGUCCCGACCAGGCCGAAGACGACCAGCACCGCACCGAGGACGACGACGAGGCCAUCGACGUCGGCAAGGACGCGUCCGUCGCCACUGCCACGGCCUCCCCCGUCACCAAGAACGAAGCGGAGCAAGCACCGGCCGCGGACCAGGCCAAGUCCAAGGACGACGAGGACUACAUUCGGAACAGUAUAGCCCUCACAGGGGAACCCGAAGUUGACCGGGAAAUAAUAGAAUUCUACAAGGCUAGAAAUCGGAUUUGUCAGCCGUAGCUUGAUCGUAGGAGUUGUAAGGGGAAAUCAGCAGAUAAAAGU